CCGUGCCAUGGAGCUGAGCCCGUGCGCGUCGCCCGGGCCUUCCCGCUCCUUCAAGGAGGAGCUGCUGUGCGCCGUUUGCUACGACCCCUUCCACGACGCCGUGACUCUGCGCUGCGGCCACAACUUCUGCCGCGGCUGCGUGAGCCGCUGCUGGGAGGUACAGGCGACGCCCACCUGCCCGGUGUGCAAGGACCGCGCGUCGCCCGCCGACCUGCGUACCAACCACACGCUCAACAACCUGGUGGAGAAGCUGCUGCGCGAGGAGGCCGAGGGCGCGCGCUGGACCAGCCAGCGCUCGCCGCGCCUGUGCCGCCUACACCGUGGCCAGCUGAGCCUCUUCUGCCUGGAGGACAAGGACCUGCUGUGCUGCUCGUGCCAGGCCGAGCCCCGGCACCAGGGCCACCGCGUGCAGCCAGUGAAGGACACCGCCCACGACUUUCGGGCCAAGUGCAGGAACAUGGAGCACUCGCUGCGGGAGAAAGCCAAAGCCUUCUGGGCCAUGCGGCGCUCCUAUGAGGCCAUCGCCAAGCACAACCAGGUGGAGGCUGCCUGGCUGGAGAGCCGCAUCCGGCAGGAGUUUGACAAGCUGCGGGAGUUCCUGCGGGCGGAGGAGCAGGCUGUCCUGGAGGCCAUGGCCGAGGAGGCGCGGCAGAAGCAACUGCUGGCAGAGGAGAAAAUGAAACAGCUCACUGAGGAGACUGAGGCGCUGGCCCACGAGAUCGAGCGACUGCAGAUGGAGAUGAAGGAGGAUGACGUGUCUUUCCUCAUGAAACACAAGAGCCGAAAACGUCGGCUCUUCUGCACCAUGGAGCCAGAGCCCGUGCAAGCCGGCAUGCUCAUCGAUGUCUGCAAAUACCUGGACUCGUUGCAGUACCGCGUCUGGAAGAAGAUGAUCGCGUCCGUGGAAUCUGUACCCUUCAGCUUCGACCCCAACACCGCAGCCGGCUGGCUCUCCGUGUCCGAUGACCUCACCAGCGUCACCAACCAUGGCUAUCGUGUGCAGGUGGAGAACCCGGAGCGCUUCUCCUCGGCGCCUUGCCUGCUGGGCUCCCAAGUCUUCUCAGAGGGCUCUCACGCCUGGGAGGUGGCCCUGGGGGGGCUGCAGAGCUGGCGGGUGGGUGUGGUGCGGGUGCGUCAGGACGCAGGCGCCGAGGGCCACUCACACAGCUGCUACCACGACACGCGAUCAGGCUUCUGGUAUGUGUGCCGCACGCAGGGGGUGGAGGGGGACCACUGCGUGACCUCAGACCCAGCCACGUCACCCCUGGCCCUGGCCAUCCCACACCGCCUGCGUGUGGAGCUGGAGUGCGAGGAGGGUGAGCUGUCCUUCUAUGACGCCGAGCGACAGUGCCACCUGUACACCUUCCACGCCCGCUUCGGGGAGGUGCGGCCCUACUUCUAUCUGGGGGGUGCUCGGGGGGACGGGCCCCCUGAGCCUUUGUGCAUCUGUCCCCUGCGCAUCAUCGUCAAGGAAGAGCUGGACAGCUGAGCUGGCCCUGCCCUCUGGGCGCUGCCCAGCUCCUGUGCCGCCGUGGCAUUCUCUCCUGCCCUCUCCUGAGCCCAUGUGCGCCUGGCACCUCUCUGGCCCUGCCUCCUUGCCAGGGUCUUCCUCCUGUUUUCUGUCAUCUUUUUCCUGACUCCAGGCUCCAGGCCUCUUUCUUCACCUGUGGUCUCUUCUCUGCCCACAGUUAAAGCCGUCCGGGAGGCACCUCGCCAGGCCCAGGCUCUCUCCCCAGAGUCAUGAUGCCUUCAGGAUGUGUAUUUCCUGAAUCCCUCAUUCCAGGACUUCUGGGGAUAGUGUUUGCUGCUAGAAUGGGCCUGUUUUUAAAUGUAGAUUUUAUUAUCCAGGUGUGGUGAGGCCAGCCAUUCGGGAGACGACUGCCAUUGGAAAGAUGGUUCGUUGUUCGCAGUUCUCAGAAGAGGGGGCAGGCCACGCCACGGGGGCCACCGAGGAAAACACCAGCUCGAUCAGGAGGCAGAAGGAGUGAGGGGAAGUGUGGGCGAGGCAGGGUAAGCAGGGUGGGCAGGCUUGGGAUUGGCUGUUGUGAAUAAUUUCAGCCGGCUCUGGCAUGUAGGGGCUACCCCUGGCUGUCUGCUACCUGGCCCUGGGGUGAUUAGGAUGGGAGAGUGGCUGGGAGGCUGAGAGCCGGUGAGAGCCAGAUGGAGGAGGCAGGUGGGGUACAGCUCUGGAAUGGUUGAUUUGCCCAGAAGGCGCUCUCAGGUGAGGUGAGGGCCAUCUCCAGGAAUUGGCUAGCCUGGGAGGGGCAGUGUCUCCAGGGUGAGUGAGGCCCCAGAUGCCGGAGCAUCAAGAAUACAGGAAACAAGGAAAUACAGUUAAUGCAGAGCCUCUGCUGUGGCUUUGGGACAGGACCCAGGGGUUGGCUUGUCUAUGGCUUUAUGUCAGUAGUUUAAAAUUAUGCCCCAUGGAUAAUGCCUCUUGCGGGGCGGGAGGCAGGGCUGGGUUGGCUGCGAUUGAACUAUUUAUGCUUCUUGGAUGAUUUCCUCUGAACAGAGGGUCCCAGAGUACUUCAAACCAAAACAUUUAAAAUCAUGGUUUCUACCCAUUCCCUCUCUGGACCUCAGUUUCCUCACCUGUAAAUGAAGUAGCAUCGUACAGGAAAGUAUUUUCCCAUGGGAGCAGUGUUACAAUUGGGGACACGUUCCUGCCCGAGGUCUCAGACCCCAUCUCCUGCCUGUACCCCCAGUUCACAAAAACUGAUAUCUUAAACGAAAAUGAUGACUCAAACCUAUUGAUUGGUUAUAAGGGAGUGUGUGCAUUGGUUAUGUAAGAAGUAGGGCCACAGGGAUGGGCAGGUGGGAGGGGCCACUGUGCACAGCUGCAGGGCUGGGAGUGACAUGAGUGUGCCCUGGGGCAGAUGCGCGGACCCAGGAAAGUGCCAGGCUCUCUGGGAGCCAGGAGUGUCUGGGAGCUGACACCUCACUGUGAAGUAUCGAUCUUGCCCAUCAGUGGUAAAUCCCAUGUAAUACCCUAGACCUGAAAUUAUUUUGUUAGUUAUAAUGAACUUUAAAAAAUGUUCUUUAUUUUCACCUUAGAGGUUGGAAGAGGUUUUUCUGUUUGUUUGGUUUUUUACAGGAUAAUUUGGAUAGCCCAGGCCACUUCUAAAAAAA